GCGGCGUCAGGGGGUGUGGCUAGCAUGAAGCCAGGAAGAGGCGUGUUGGACCGUGUGGCAGCCGAGAGCCACGUCGGCGGCUGCUGGGGCGCCGCAGUUUCCUUUUAUAGAAAUGGAUUUUGAGGCAGUUGCAAAGUACUCAGCAUUACACCUGAAACCAGCUGGACUUAGUCUUCAGUAUGGAACUGCUGGAUUUCGUACCAAGGCAGGACAUCUUGAUCAUGUCAUGUAUCGCAUGGGUUUGCUGGCAGUACUAAGGUCCAGGCAGACCAAAUCUACAAUUGGAGUCAUGGUUACAGCAUCUCACAAUCCUGAAGAAGACAAUGGUGUAAAAUUGGUCGAUCCUCUGGGUGAAAUGUUGACCUCUGCCUGGGAAGAAUAUGCGACACGCCUAGCUAAUGCAGAAGAGCAAGAAAUACAGAGCAUACUGACUGAGAUCUGCCAGAAAGAAGCAGUGAAACUGCACCAAUAUGCCUCAGUUUUUAUUGGUAGAGACACCAGACCUAGCAGCGAGAAACUUUCACAAUCAGUAAUAGAUGGUGUAUCUGCUCUAGGUGGUCAAUAUCAUGAUUAUGGUCUGGUAACAACACCACAGCUGCAUUACAUGGUCUGCUGUCAAAAUACUCAAGAGCACUAUGGGAAGGCAACAGUGGAAGGUUACUACCAGAAACUAUCCAAAGCUUUUGGGGAGCUGACAAAACAAGCUUCCAGCUCUGGAGAUGACCAGAUGUGUCUGAAGAUAGAUUGUGCAAAUGGUAUAGGAGCCCUGAAACUAAAAGAAAUGGAACGUUACCUUCCAAAGAAACUGUUAAUUCACUUAUAUAAUGAUGGAACCAAAGAGAAACUCAAUCAUUUAUGUGGUGCAGACUUUGUGAAAGUUCAUCAGAAACCUCCUCUAGGACUAGAAAUCAAACCUAACGAAAGAUGCUGCUCGUUUGAUGGAGAUGCAGACAGAAUUGUUUAUUACUAUAAUGAUACUGCUGGCCAUUUUCAUCUUGUGGAUGGAGAUAAAAUAGCAACUUUAAUUAGCACUUUCAUUAAAGAACUUCUUAUCAAGAUAGGACAAACUCUAAAGAUGGCAGUGAUACAAACAGCAUAUGCUAAUGGGAGCUCUACACGUUAUCUUGAGGAAACCAUGAAGGUGCCUGUUCAUUGUACCAAAACAGGAGUAAAGCAUUUGCAUCACAAGGCCCAGGAAUUUGACAUUGGAGUUUACUUUGAGGCAAAUGGGCAUGGCACAGUAUUAUUUAGUAAAGCUGCUGAAGAGAAAAUAAGACACAUGGCAAAAGAAGAAAAGGAGAAUCAAAAAAGAGAAGCUGCAAAGAUGCUUGAAAAUACCAUUGACCUGAUUAAUCAAACUGUGGGUGAUGCCAUCUCAGAUAUGCUAGUGAUUGAAGCAAUCUUGGCUCUAAAGGGUUUGACAGUGCAACAGUGGGAUGCCAUCUACACAGAUCUUCCUAACCGACAGCUGAAAGUUAAGAUUGCAGACAGACGAGUCAUUGACACGACAGAUGCUGAGAGACGUGCAGUUACACCCCCAGGACUACAAGAAAAAAUUGAUGAACUUGUAAAGAAGUACAGUGUGUCACGAGCUUUUGUCCGCCCAUCAGGAACAGAAGAUGUAGUGCGAGUAUACUCUGAAGCAGAGACACAGGAGAAUGCAGAUUCCCUUGCACAUGAAGUAAGCCUGGCUGUUUACCAUCUAGCUGGUGGAAUAGGAGAACCACCUCAGCCUGUAUGUUGAAGGACACAGCUGUGGUCAUGCUACCUAAACAUGAUUUCUUUAUUUUUAUUUUUUCUUUUAGCAUGAACCUAACACGUCAGCAAUAACAAAUCAAACCUUCCAGUUUUUUUUUUUUUU